AUGAUAUUUUUAUUAUGUAUUAUUGACAAAGUAAUAACAUUUCAUAUUAAUAAACAUGCAAAUUUUGUUGAUAAAGUAAGAACUGCAUUAAUUAUUAUUAAAAAUUCAGAAAUCUCAAUAUUUCAUAUAUAUUUAAUGUAUUCUAUAAACUAUAUCAGUAUUUUCCAAUAAAUUAUUAUUUCAAUAUAAAGAAAUCAUUUUCUGAUGAAGAUUGACAACUCCUAGUUGAUUAAGGUUAAUUAACAAAUUUAAAAUAUUGUUUUAAAAUUUCAUGUAAUUAGAUUGCAUGUAUCAUUGAAGUUGGAAUACCUUAAAGAGGAAUAUUAAAUGAAAAAUAUCUAUUUGCUUAUAAGUGAUAUUUUGAUUUUUUAUAAAAUAUAGAUAACUAAGUGAUAUUUAAUGCUCAUUAAAAUUUACUUAAAGGAUAGUUUUGUGGAUAUUUAGUUAGGGCUGUAACGAAAACCCAUCUUCCAGAUUUAUAAGGAUAUCCAUUAAUUCUACAUUGUUUGGAAUAGAAUUUAUAUUCUAAAAAUUCUAUUUGACUAUAUAUAUUGGUAAGAAUUUAGAAUAAAUAUUGAAAAAUGAAAAUGAUUGUAUAUAAAAAAGAUUGCUGAAUAUCAUAAAGGAGAAUGGAAUGUAUUUGAAUAUGUAAUUAUGA